AUGGCGGCAAGAAGCGAAGGUGACGAGGGAGUCUGCCGAGAGGUAUACGCACGUAUCUCCGGAUUCUUCCAGUCCUUCAAACAACAGACUGUACAAAUAGAACUCCUCCCCUUCUAUCCAGUCCCCCCGACCCACAUCUUCGUCGAAUCAACCUCUCUCGGCAUCCCCAAAUCCAGUCUCUGGAAAGCCUUCCGUCACGCCCGCCCUCUCUUCUUCUCCACCCUCUCCAACCUCUCGUCCUCAACCUCCACCCCUCCAACCUCAACUUUUCUAACCCUCUUAAACACCUCCGCGAUCCUCCUUCUUCAUGAUAGUGAACACCUCACCGCCAUUAACGCCCGAAAAAGGGUAUUAAUCACUUUAUUCCCACCAGGAACACCAUUCCCCAUUGGAAACCGAGGCCAAGAACUACCCAUCUCUCCACAAUCCGAAUAUUUCUUCAUAACAUCAUUAUUAACCUCCCCUCUCCACCGUCAUACAAAAUCUCCACAUCUAUGGUCUCACAGGAGAUGGUUAAUCACCACCUAUCCAUCUCUAAAACACCCGAUCCCGCCGCCACCACCAGGAGCGGCAGGUAACACAACAUCGUCAUCAUCAUCGUCAAUAUCAUCAAGACCAGGAACAGCAGAUAACAGCGCUUUAACAAAGAGUUUUAGAAGAUGGUGUAGAAAAGAAGUAUCAACGGUCCUUAGAGCUGCCGAAGCCCAUCCUAAGAAUUAUUACGCAUGGACUUAUGCUAGGUGGUUAGUUUCUUCUCAGGGAGUGGCGUUUAAUCAUGAGGAUUUGGUCAGUUGGUGUAUGAAACAUCCCGGUGAUGUUAGUGGAUGGAAUUUUUUGGCUUGGUUGUGGACGAAUGAGGCUUUGGCGAUAGCAGCAACACAGGGGGAGAGGAGGAUGGAGACGUUGCAGGUUAGGUAUAAUCAGUUGUUUAGUGUUUUGAAGUAUAGUCAUAAUACUGCUCCGGGGCAUGAAGCGCUAUGGGGGUUUGUGAGGGCUGUGGUUGGAGGUGGGGUUUUCGAUGAAGGGUAUAGAAGGUGUAUCUUGGACUUGUUGAGGGGGUGGGAUAGUGAAGUUAGUAUUAGAGCUGUGGAGGAUGUGGUUAAGGAGAAGAUGUUAUUGAGGGAGACGGUUAGGGGGUUGGAAGCGGGGAGGGGGGAUAGUGAGAUGGUUGAUUUGCCUGGUUGA